UGAGCAGCUUCUAUCGGGAACCAGAUCAGGGCAUUUACAAGGAUGUGGCUGUCCAGGCACCUUAGGCGAGACAGAGCCAUUAACGCCGCGUCUAACACGCUAAGACCUGUCUCGUGCGGACAAUCGCCGCCGUCCGCGGCUGUGCCAGGACCUAGCCCAGUCUCCAAUUCACCGGACAGACUUUGGACACCCUCAACCCGUGUGAGCCGAUUGAUGCUUGGGAAUGACAUGCGAGAGCCAGACAGGACAUUGAGCUUUCUAUAUGACAUAAUCUACUUACUGAGGCGCGCAAUGACAGCUCGGGCGUACGUAUGUGCUAUGGGGUAUGCCAGUAUCAUAUCCCAGUCCGUUCCUGGCAUAAUUGAAGCUGGUCCUGCGUCUAGCUCAAAUCACUUCUACAGUUGAUACAUUUGUGUGGGGAGGCAGGAGGUCACCCUUGUUUGGCGGCCUCAUCCAACACUCAUAACCCUAUUAGAGAUACUGGGGCC